UCGGACGCGAAACCCUGCUUGGCGAGACCCUUAUCAACGUCUCGUGCGGCUCUGCUAUGGAUUGUCCAUAGUCUACCUAUUCUCAUCGACCUCUCACGGAUAGACACAGCUUCCUACAGAUAGACACAGCCAAAAAGCAGCGACAAUGAGCACCGUAGGCUGCCACCCGAAGAUUCAAAGAGCUGAGCUAACCCCAACAGGCCACCAAAGAAAACGACACCAAGUCCAAGAAAGACUUGAGUGACAAGAUGAACGCGCCCCAGAAGCAGGAGGAGCAGGAGGAGCAGACCCAAGAGCAGAGCACAGAGCAGAGCAACGGCACCGCGCAAGAAGACAAACCAGAGCAGCCCUCAUCGCAAGACCAGGAUGACAAGGCCAAGCCCGACACGGAAAAGGCCACCAACGGGGAAAAGCCGGAAGACGCCAAGAAGGCGGACCAGGCCAAGCAGGACCCCAAGGCCGAAAAGGACGAGGACUCAAGCGCCGAGUUUGAGGACGCCGUCGACGACUCGUCUGCGCGUGACGACGAGGACGAGGACGAGGACGACGAAGAUGAUGACUCAGAAGAGGAGUCUGACGAGGAAGAGGACGAGUCCGAGAGCGAGGAGGAGGAAGAGGAGCCGACCACACCCAAGGGCCAGCUCACGCGCCGCAAGCAGCAGUGGCAGGAACAGCGCCAGCUGCAGCAGAAGCAGAAGCAACAGCAACAGCAGAUGCAGCAGCAAGGUGGCGGCGGCGGUGGGAAGAGCGAGUCCCUCAAGCUGCGGCUGGACCUCAACCUGGAGAUUGAGAUUGAGCUCAAGGCGCGGAUCCACGGUGACCUCGAGCUUUCUUUACUGUAGGUGGGUCCCUAUCUUAUUAUUCUGGGCAGGCAUCGUGUUGACGCUGACAGUGACGGGUAAUUAGCGAGGGAUAGCGGGCGUUGCGAUCGAGUUUGGUAGCUAGCUGGCGUUGGGUAUUGUCUUGUCUUGUAAUGAGCACUCAUCUUAAGCGUGUAUAUUGCUCGAGUGUCUGGCGAGAAGAAAAUAUAUCACUCCUUCACUAUUGUACAGGCAUGCGAGAUGGUCUUUGACAGUAUAUGCAUUAAUAUAUUGACAUUACACAAAUCUGGUGUUACCUGCCAUCGCCCGUCUGUCGUGUGACAGAUGGCCAUCCAUCACUGCUUGGCCAUUUGCUUCUUGGCCAGGACCGCCUUCAAGGGAUUCUUGCCCUUGAAGCGCAAAAGUGUAGCGGCAAAGAUGACAAAGUAGUUAAACGCAAUGAACCCGCAAAAG